AUGCCCAAAGCGGUUAUUCUAGACCACGACGGUGGCCAUGAUGACAUGGUUGCUUUGUCGCUGCUCCUCACCAACCCGGAGAAAGUGCGCCUGAUCGGCUGCAUAUGCACGGAUGCCGAUUGCCUUGUUGAGGAUGCAUUCAAUGUUACCGGCAAGCUUAUGUGCCUCAUCCACAACCACACGAAUGUGCCGCUGUUCCCCAUCGGUAAGUCAUCAUUUAAGGGUGUGAACCCAUUUCCGUCACUGUGGCGUUGCCACUCAAAGAACAUGGACGACAUGCCGUCUCUAAAUAUCCCUGCACAGACUGCCCUGUGGGAUAAGGUCAAGCCAGAAAAUGAGAAUUUUGUCGGUGAGGAACUGCUCGCAGACCUUGUGAUGAAUUCCAAGGAGAAGGUGACCAUUUGUGUCACAGGUCCUCUGUCCAAUGUUGCGUGGUGCAUUGAAAAGUAUGGAGAAAGGUUUACCGAUAAUGUGGAGGAGUGCGUCAUCAUGGGUGGCGCUGUCGAUGUUGGGGGUAACGUCUUUGAGUCAAAUACGGACGGCACGGCAGAGUGGAAUAUCUAUUGGGACCCGCCAGCGGCCAAGAAGGUGCUCGGCUGCCCGCACAUGCGCAACAUACUGUUUUCCCUUGAUUCAACCAAUCACGUGCCUAUCAAUUCGAGUGUUGUGCAGCGCUUCGGGGCCCAAAAUGAGUUCCUGCUUUCCCAGUUUGUGGGAGCUGCUUGGGCUAUGUGCACGCACUACGAAAUAAUUCGUCCAGGAGACGGCUACUUCGCGUGGGAUGUUCUUACAGCUGCGUACACACUUGACAGCAGUCUGGCAGAAGUGGAGCCCAUUGCGUUGGAGGUGGAGGCUGAUAAGACAGAGAGCGAGGGCCGCACGUACCGCUCCUCCCAAGCGGGCCAUUGCACGUAUGUCGCGAAUAAGGUGAAGCAAGAUGUGUUUUACGAGAUGGUAUUAUCGAGUAUGCGUGCUUGCUAA